AUGGCGAGGCACUUCCUGCUCAACACCGGGGCCAAGAUCCCCUCGGUGGGGCUCGGCACCUGGCAGGCCGACCCCGGCGUCGUCGGCGACGCCGUCUACGCCGCCGUCAAGGCGGGGUACCGGCACAUCGAUUGCGCCAGAGUCUACGGCAACGAAAAGGAGAUCGGUUUGGCGUUGAAGAAGUUAUUUGAAGAGGGCGUAGUGAAGCGUGAAGAUCUGUUUAUCACCUCUAAGCUAUGGAAUGAUCAUCAUUCUCCUGAAGAUGUGCCAGAGGCACUAAAUGAAAGCCUGAAUGAUUUACAGCUUGAUUACUUGGAUCUUUAUCUUAUCCAUUGGCCGUUUAGAGUCAAGAAGGGAACGAACAACAACCCUGAAAAUUUCGUUACACCUGACUUGCCUGCUACUUGGGGGGCAAUGGAGAAGUUACAUGAUGCUGGCAAAGCUCGCGCCAUUGGCGUGAGUAACUUCUCAUCAAAGAAGUUGGGUGACUUGCUUGCUGUAGCUCGUGUAUCUCCAGCUGUUGAUCAGGUGGAAUGCCAUCCUUGCUGGCAGCAAACUAAGCUCCACAACUUUUGUCAGUCAGCAGGUGUUCAUCUUAGUGCUUACUCGCCACUCGGUUCACCUGGUACUACUUGGAUGAAUGGUAACAUCCUUAAAGAACCAAUAAUCAUCUCAAUAUCCGAGAAACUCGGGAAGACACCUGCACAAGUGGCUCUGCGCUGGAACAUUCAGAUGGGUCACAGCGUGCUACCAAAGAGCACGAAUCAAGAAAGGAUAAAGCAAAAUCUUGAUGUUCAUGAUUGGUCAAUUCCAGAUGACAUGCUUGCAAAGUUCUCCGAGAUUAAAGAGGCUAGGCUGCUUCGAGGCAACUUCGCCGUUAAUCCACAGAGCGUUUACAAGACCCACGAGGAGCUGUGGGACGGUGAGAUUUAG